UUUACAGAACCUUUUGCCUCUUCCUUUAAGCAAAGGUGGUGACAGGCAUAGUAACUUCAUCUGAUUGAGGUUAAAUCUCAUGUCAUUCUCCUUUCCUAGAAACCAAAAAUGGGUAGUCAAAUUGGUAAUCUUUUCCCUGCUAUGGUGCUCAUGGCUCUAAUCUCUUUUCUUGUUUUCCAUCAAUCUUUCCUAGUAGCUGGUGAGGAAACAGGGAAGGCUCUAAUCGCAAAGACUUGCAACCAAACCGAGUAUCCUGAAGAAUGCAUCUCUGCAUUGGGGUCAGAUGGUGGUAGCCUCAGUGCCAACUUAACAGGACUAGGCAGGAUUGCAGUAGAGCAAUCUGCCUCUAAACUGAAUCACACCUUAUCCUAUGUUGAUUCUUUGGUCAAGAAUGAAACUGAUUAUCUAACCUGGGGUUUCCUUGCCUUCUGUCGAGAUUUGUACAAUACCGGUGUCAACCAAAUCCAAGAAGGUCUCCAGGCUUUUGAUCAGCUCAAGUAUGAUAAAACCUACCAAAGUGUUGAUGCUGUCAACAAAGCUGUCAUUGAUUGCAAUAAGCAAGGAUUGGGACUUUUAACCCAAGUUAACACGGCUUUGUUUAGGCUGACCAAGGAUGCAAUGAUGAUUGUGGAUCUCCUAUAUUAAGCUAACUAAAGUUAUAUAACGAGACUUAUGUUAAAAUUGUAUUAAUCUAAUAAAGUUAUAUAAUGAAAGUUAUAUUAAAGUUGCA